CACGCAGAGGGUUCACAGGUCAGGGGUUGCCAACGAAAGAGGAAGAUGGCGGCAGGCGGACCGAGCUGCAGGCAGCGAUGAAACAGGUUUAGCAGGCAGAUACUACUUAAAGAGAAAAGCGCAUGUACUGCACAUUCAGACCACUAUCCUUUAAGGCUCUUACAAGGAAUACGGACACUAAUGGCGCUGCUUUACGGCUUGUUAUGGCGGCUACUGCUGGUUCUGGUCCACAUCAACAGAGCGUUCGUCGCCUGGCUCCGUGUCCGGCUUCGGAGCUGGAAGGGGCGGCUGUGGGAGCGGGCGAUGGCCGGUCUGCUGCUACCUGUAGCCCUGGCUGGUUUUCCGGACCACCAGAAGAAGUUAAAUCAAAACCCUGAUGCUAACGCUAACCCUGUGACUGGAAACCGCACUGCAGGUCGCCGGCCACGGUGGCUGUCUGACGGCAAGUCUCUGGAGAAGCUGCCGGUCCACAUCGGCCUAUUGGUAACGGAAGAAGAACCCAGCUAUACGGAUAUAGCAAACCUGGUGGUCUGGUGUAUGGCUGUCGGCAUUUCUUAUGUCAGCGUCUAUGAUCAUCACGGUAUUUUCCGCAAGAACAACUCCCGUCUGCUGGAGGAGAUAGUAAGGCAGCAGCAGGACUUGCUGGGUGCGGAUGGAUCCAAAUACAACGUGGAGUUCCUAAGCAACGGCAGUGACAAACACCAGCACCAUGUGGUUUCCUGCAGCCCCACAGUGAAGGUGUUGUCUCCAGAGGACGGGAAGCAGAGCAUCGUCCAGGCAGCGCAGCAGCUCUGUCGCUCUGUGGAGAACAAAGAGAGGAGCUCCAAAGACAUCAGCGUCUCCAUGCUGGACGUGCUGCUAAGAGAGUCCAAGAACGUCCCAGACCCUGACCUGGUGGUGAAGUUUGGUACCGUGGACAGCACGCUGGGCUUCCUCCCCUGGCACAUCAGACUCACUGAAUUCAUCUCCCUGCCCUCCCACAGAAAUGUUUCCUAUGAGGACCUGUUGGGUGUCCUGCAGCGGUUCAGUUCUUGUCAUCAGCGGCUGGGCCAGUGAUGUGCCGCCCCCCCUCCCAGUGUCAGGCUCUUCAAACAGGAGAGAGGUGUGGGGCUUCACACAGUCGAGAGGAGAGUUUGGACAUACGGUGACCCCUCCACGAUCCGCCGUGGCCCUCGCGUCUCCUCUCUACCCAACUCUGUCCAUCUCCUGGGACUUUAACAGACUCAAAAGACAAGCUCAAAGACCAGGAGACCAGCCGGCUCACUUCCUGCCACCAGCUCUUGUCUCAUAAUGAAUUCACAUUCCAGGACUUCUGGAACACGCUCUCCAAAGCCAAGAGAAAAUAGCACAUCGGAGACGCACACACUGACAUAAGAGGACUGUCGGCACAGACUCGGUGUUCCACAAAACCCUGUUCUGUGUCCUCUCUAACCCUCUUGGCUCUCUGUUUGCCAUUCAGUCUCCAGCUGCUGUUUUCUACUGUAGACUUGGAAAAUGACUCGCCUUCACUCGGCGGAUGACAAAAGAAGAAACGAGGCUUUGUGCCCGUCUUUGCGAGGCACUUGCCGGAAAUACAUCUGUGCCUCGGAGAGAAUCUCGACUACCCCAACCACACAUGAGGCCGGGAGGUGGAAGCUGAGCUUAGGGACAGAGCGGUUAAUAAUGUGUAAAUAUGAGAAAUUCAUGUGGCUCUGUUUGUUGUCCCGGUGGCCUCCAGUUCGCAGUCGUGUGUUCGUGCGUAGUAUUGCUUCAGACACAUACAGAGGUUUGUUCAAGGCUCCUGUUCGACUGACCAAGCUCUGAAAUAAAGAAAUGCACUGUCUCCCUUUAGUCCAGUUUUAGGUCACUUUAAAGGAGUCCCUGACAAAACUCCCCCUAAUAACUAAUCUUGACUGACAGUUUACUUAAGUGAGUUCUCACUCAACACAGGUCCAUAUUUGGGUCUCAUGACGCAGACCAUGAGAUGGUGUGUGAUGAGUCAUCAAACUUGUAUAUCCACCUUACGUUCAGAUCAUUUAGUCAAACUUCUAUUUGAACGACAUUUGACACUCGACUCAUAGAUGUGACAAACAUUACGGUCGUUAAUCUAAACUUUGCCCUCUCUAAGUCAACAUCUGACAUCUGGAAACAUGGUGACAUCACCGAGAAGAAGUGUUAACCGAGCAGUGAGACGGUCAGACAGGUUGGAAACGAACCUCCAGGUUGGACAAAUGCAUUUGGAGGAGAAAUAAACCGGCCUCGACCAGGGGAGGAAUACAUUUUGACAUAUGGGUGGAACUAAAAAAAACAAAAAGAAGAAGAAUUGUUUCACCUGUGCUUUAUGUGUUGUGACAAAAUGUUUGCUGUGGAAAAAGAUCAAAAAAUCGCUUUCAUUUGGAAAUAUUAAAAUGUUCUUCUGGUUCAAACUGGCAGAGAAAAAAAACUG